GUCUUGGAGCGCUUCCGGGGUGAGCCCGGCUCGAGCUGUUCGACUGACCGACCUUGCGGCCUGAGCUGAGGGGAGACUGAGUCGUGGUCGUCCAGCCGCUUCGCAGCCAUGGUGGCGUAUUGGAGACAAGCUGGGCUCAGCUACAUCCGGUAUUCCCAGAUCUGCGCCAAGGCAGUAAGAGAAGCACUAAAACCGCAAUUUAAAGCAGAGGCAGAAAAAACAGCUGGAGCCAAUAUAAAAAUACUGAAACCCAAAAAGGAGUGACAUGCAAGUAGGGUCUGAUCUGUAAUGGGCAAAAUGACGACUUUGGGGCAUGCUUGUACACAACGUAACUGCUUCUUCCUCAGUAAAAAUUCUCUGCGUUUGUGUAAAUCAGCAUCAAUAAAUGGAACUUCAUGAAAA